CCGAGCAAUUGCUAAUACCACCGUAGUUUCUAGCAUGGCUUCUAAUUCUACUUCGCACUCUCCAUGCAUAUAAUCCCAACCACCAUCCAUACAAAUCCUAACUUAACAUUGAAACAAACAUGUCCAAAAUAAGCGUCUUCCCCGCCUCUGGCACCCUUGGAACAAACACCAUCAAUCAUCUCCUCAAGCUUGUCCCAGCUUCCCAACUAGUCCUCAUCGCCGGGCACCCUGAGAAACUAGCCCACCUGUCCCACGCUAGCGCAACAAUUCGAUAGGUAGAUUACGAUGAACCGAUAACCCUAGAACAUGCCUUUGACGGCGUGAAUACGCUAAUGCUGAUUUCGUAUGCAUCCGUUGAAGUUGAGUCUCGGUUUGAGGUUGGUCCUUUCUCACCCCUGUCCUCCCACUAUAACACUGAUGCAAAACCGCCAUAACUGCAGCCCGCAACAGCUCCAUCAUCCACAUCUUCUACUCCUCCCUCGCGUUCAGUGGCGACCUCCUACUCACCAGCGUCGCAAGCAUAAUGCGUGCGCAUCUCCUAACCGAAAACUACCUCUCGCCACUCUCCGCCCAAGGACUGACCACAUACUGCUAUCCGCGAGGGACUGUAUAGUGAGUUGUUCCCGGUUUAUACAGCAUGAUUCAAUGUCCAUAAUCCUGUGGGGGAGAUUACGAUUCCACAUUGGGGGAUGGAUUGGGGAUCGCGUAAGCGAAGAUUGAUGAGCUUGGUGAGGCGACUGCGAAUAUGAUUGUUUCCCUACGUGCGGAGUUUGGGUGAUUUUCUGUGGUUGAAUAAGUUGGUGUUGUUAUUGGGGCCUAAGGUAUUGUCGUUGAGGAGACGGUCGAUAUUCUGGGGACGGUUACUGGAAGGGACGUGAGAACCAGAGAUUUCGGCUGAUGAGUAUGCGGGAUUGCCAUUCAAGAAGUACUGGUAUCAUGGGGUACAUCUGUUGAAAGAUUAUAUAUCGUGCUGG